CUGGCUGCUGCUGGGGCUUUCAGUGCACGUUGUAUGAGAGCCGGGGGAGGAGGGAAGCUCCGUGUAUACCGGGGAGAGAGGAGAGCCCAGUCCGCUCUGAUCGUCCAUCCCUGGGGAAUGACAUGUGCUCAUGAGAAGCAUCCCUCUUUCUAAGGAAUUCUGCAAGAAGGUUCUCAGUGAUGUAGAAGGUCAGUGAUGUCAUCCCGGUGGGCGGAGCUUGGGAACUCCCUUGAAACAUUGAAGCAUCGAGUUUCAGUAUGAACAUUAGCACCAAGGAAUUCCGCAGCACAGGACGAGCUUUUCCAUUGACUGCAAUCCCCUGUCUGGAUUACAAAGCCUCCAGAAGCUGGGAUUUCUUCCUCUCCUGACCGGUGGAUAAAUCCUUUAAUUCUUCUACAUUUUUCUCCAUCACUUCUCCAUCUGGUGUGCUUCUCGCCCUGGUUGUGGACAGUCGGUGGGCACCACCAUGUGUCAUGUUAUAGUAACAUGCCGCUCUAUGCUAUGGACCAUCCUGAGCAUUGUAGUUGCCUUUGGAGAACUGAUCGCUUUUAUGAGCGAGGACUGGCUGAUUGGUAAAGCAAAGAAUGGCGACGUUGAUAAUAGGAAUGGAUGGCCGCAGGAGCCCUACCGCCCAACGCUGGGCAUUUAUGGACGUUGUAUUAAAAUGCCUCAAGGGCAGUAUUUCCGGAGAGACCCCCUGUGCGGUCCCUAUGCUGAACAUUUCAAUGAGAUAGCUAGUGGCUUCUGGCAGGCUACCGCUAUCUUCCUAGCAGUGGGCAUCUCCAUCCUUUGUAUAGUAGCUUUUGUAUCUGUCUUUACCAUGUGCGUACAAAGUGUGAUGAAGAAGAGCAUAUUCAAUGUCUGCGGGCUACUGCAAGGAAUAGCAGGUCUCUUCCUUAUACUUGGCCUUAUUCUGUACCCUGCUGGUUGGGGUUCCCAGAAGGUUGUUGGUUACUGUGGACAUUAUGCCUCAGCGUACAAGCUUGGAGAAUGCUCUUUGGGCUGGGCUUUCUACACCGCUAUUGGAGGAACCGUCCUCACCUUCAUCUGUGCCGUCUUCUCCGCGCAGGCUGAAAUUGCCACCUCCAGUGAUAAGGUUCAGGAAGAAAUAGAAGAAGGAAAAAACCUCAUCUGCUUACUUUAACGAGCAGUGAUGUACUGACCCUGCAAAGACUUCAAAAAAAGGGAUCAACUUGUUUACAUGGCCCACAGCGCACAUUCGUGGACUAAUAAUGUUCAUAAUAACGCCAUGCUGCCUUUUCCUGUGUGAGGAGAUUGUUAGUGGGACCUAAAGACAAGAUGGUGAUGCACAACACGCAAAGUGCAUCCAUAUUGACCUGUGUACAGAACUUGCCUAUUAGAAGUAUUCCCAGUUCUACAAGUCACUUUAAAACGGAUUUCUCUUCCCAUAGCAUAAGGACAGCAAUUUAUUUCCGUCUGUUUUGUCCACUUUUUAAUUUCUUAUGUGUGCUAUUGUAUGUGAGUGUUUUGUGUGAAUUUUUAAUUUCCUGUAGCCACUGCAGAUCUCUGCAUACCACUACUAUUGAUCAAACGUGUCAGGUAACUGGAAAUUCUGUGCUUCUGUUCUCUCGUGUGGUUCAUUAUGUGGUGCCAAUGAAUGUCUAGAAAUUUUAGGUUUGGAAAGAACCACUGCAGUAAAUAUGGAGGGAAUCGCUUGCACACAGUCAUUCCGACAGGGCCUUAGCCAGGUGUAUUUAGUGCAUAAUAGAUUGCUACCACUGUGAUAUACUCAAGAUGCCAACUUGCAAGCGAAUAACCUUAUUCCAUAAGAGAGCCAAAGAGGCCGCAUGUGCCUAUUAAAGUGUACCCAUUUUCUACAUACAGAUAAUUACCCUUUUGUGUGCUGAGAUUUCAGCUUCUCUCCAAAUAAGGGGGCCCAUUUUACAGAUUUUGGAAUAAAAUAACAAGCAAAUCGACUUUUCUGUUUUUUAUUUUAUAGGAUUAGACUCAAAGUUGCAGUUGAUGGCGUAGACUCUUCUUCUGUUAAACAAAUACAAAAAAAAACGAAUUUGAUGUUGAGACUAUUAAAUUGAACCUGUAAUUAAUUUCAGACUUUUGAAGGUAAAGUCCUACCUAAGCACGAAUACCACAAGAUACCUGAUAUCUUUAUUAGCCAGAAGAGCGUAUUUUGUGCCCCUCUCUGAUUUUAUUUAAAAGUUUAUGCAACACUUUGGCUAAAACCUGCAAACUGCCAUUCUGUCCAAUAAGAUUGCCUCAGUGGCUAGUAAGGCUUUUUUAUUUUUUUAAUGGACAGGGCAUGGCAGCUGUUGGAGCUUACCCAUGAAGUCAGACCUUGGAGCACAAAAAAAUAAAUUUCGGCUAUUGUAGGGAAAUGCACUCAACUUUCUACAUUUUAAAUUGAAAUAUAGGCCGACUUUAGUGGAUUUUCCAGGGUUUUCUUUUAUGGUAUAUUGAUUCAGUGGACUAAAUGGCAAUCUAAAUUGCCCUUUUAUACCCUAUUAAUGCAAAUACAUUUAACUGUAAUGUACAUUAACAAGAUGGUUAAUCGGGCUAUGAUAACUUUGACUUGUUGAGGAAGGUACAGUCUGUAGCAGCUAUUCCUACCCAGGGUUCUAUGAAAACCUAGGGUUCCUCAAGAGAUUAUUUUAUUGCGGUGAUGAGUUGACUUCCUGCCUGAUGGUGCCUGUAUAGUUAUGAGCCCACUAUCACUGGGCAUGGUCAGUGGCCUAAGACCAGUGGAUUCUCUGCUCUUCUCUCAAAUCAGUAGCACCUGAAACAAAAUGAUUUUUUUUUUGCUGUCCCUAACGGUGGCAUUUUUCACAAUGACUGCCAAUGUAAGGGGACAUUCUUCUUCCAAAAUCUAACUGAUGAUAUAUCUGUGAGUUGUGGAUGUAUUCCUUUUGGUGGGGGUUCCCCAAAGUAUGAAUUUAUUUCCAGGGUUCCUCAGGGGUAAAAAAAAGUUGAGAGGCUGGUCUAUAGUUUUCUGUGAAUUCUAGUCCUGUUGGUACCAUGAUUAGACAGUUUAUCAGAGAAUUCUGUAUAGUCCCCAUAAGAAAGACACUUGCCCAGGGUCAUAUACUUUUUUUAAAGCCAUUAGCUUGCAAACAGUGCAGCUACUUGCCAUCACACCUACCAGCAAGUGAGCCUGUAAAGCUGCUGAUGGUGUUGGGUGGGAGUCCAGCGGGAAGAGGCUAUUGCUUUUAUUGGUGUGUCCUUCAUUUUCAGCAAGGCAUAACAUCACAUAUGCAUUGGCUCAUGUGGCAGAUAGUGUGAGGAGUUCAAGUGGUGCACAAAGGACAAUUAUAGAUGCUGCAUUAACAAAGUGCUACCCUCUUCCUUAUUCAUCCAGCCUGCAUGGUCCGCUGUCCCACCUCUUGCCUUAACAGUAAGUGGCGUCUGGGGGUACACUGGCUCUGGUGCUCAUCGGAUGCUGUGGUAAAUUAAGAUUUAACAUUCAAGCAU